GUUCCGGGGGGGGGGGGGGUUGCCCCUUCCCCCGAAUAAAGAAGGAGCUGGGGAGGGGACAGAGAAGAUUGAGGACACCCCCCCCAUCCCUCUCUGGUGUAAGGGGUGGGCAGGAAAUUGGGGGACCUCCCUUCCAUCCCCUCCCCCACCUGUUCAGCGUGGGUGCGGAAAUUGCCCCCCCCCCCCGCCUGUGCCCUGGAGUAAAGGCUGAGGGGCGAACAAGCAGGAAAGCAGAGAGCGUUGUGGGGGGGCUCGGAGUGGGGGAGCCCUGGCCUGGCUGUUUACUCUGCUCGAGGGGGGUCCUGCCAUGAGCACCCCUCAGGAAAGCCCCUCCAGAGCCCGGGCACCUCUGCUGCCCGCACUGGUGCCCCACUGACUGGGGGGGGGAGGGAUGGCCUCCCCCUCCAGGCAGGGGUCCCCUGGAGGGGCUCGGCUGCUCUGCGGCAGCAAGACCCGGUCCUACGGCAGCCUUGUCCAGUCCAUGUGCUCCCCGGUGAGGGAGAGGAGGGUGGAACAUCGCCUGGAGCCGGGGGACACCUUGCAGGGGCUGGCGCUCAAGUAUGGGGUUACGAUGGAGCAGAUUAAGCGGGCGAACUGGCUGUACACCAGUGACUCCAUCUUCCUCAAGACGACACUGCACAUCCCCAUCCUGGUGGAGCCCAAGCAGAUGGCGAACGGCUUAAACCUGGAGGAAGAGGAGGCGGAGGAAGAAGCCAGGCGGCCUGCCACAGGGGAGGAGAAGCCGGUGCUAAAAAAUGGCCCUGUGACCAGCACAGGUGCCACCCCCUGCCACGACCUCUCGGCCGCGGAUUUCUUAAGGAAGCUCGACUUGGAGAUCAGCCUGUCCAAGAAGGCUGCAGUGAAGAAGCUGCGGGAGGGUGAGAUCGCUAUCGCCAGGGCUGAGCCAGGAGCCAGCAGGACCUGCUCCUAUCAGAGCGAGCCCUCGCCUCACGCUCAGCAGCGCUCCCUGCUGGGCCCCGUGCCGCUCACCAAAACCACCCGGGCUGCCACGCUGCGGGACCAGGAGGAUGAGAUCUUCAAGCUCUGAUGGGCGGAGCCUUCUUUUCCUCAUGGACUCGCCUCUCCCGUCCUAGCUGGCGCGUCCAGCCACGGGGAGAAGUGGGGGCGGCGCAGGGUUUGUGACGGCCCUGAUCCCGGCAAGAGCCUGCAUGAGCCCUCCCGCUGCCCCCGCCUUUGCGCCAAUCUGCAGAGGGAUGGGCUGGCUGCAGAGGGAUCGGUGUAUGGGGGACGUUCUCUGGCGGGGGGGGGGGCAUGCACUGAGGUGUGUUAUGGGGGUGACUGGCAGAGCACCCCCUUGGGGCGGAGGUGUCUUGGCGGCACGCUCUAAUGUCCGGCUUUUUCUGCACUGCUCUGCUCCUUGCUGGCCUUUCCCACUGCCGGGCUCUCAGUCCUGGCUAGAGCAGCCAGAGCUCCCCAUCCCAGCAUGCCAGCCUCUCCCUGUCCUGUCCUGUCAGGUCACCUGCAACCCCCUUGGGUCUCCUUGGCUCCCCCGCUCAGACUUUAGGGAAAGGCCUCGGGAUCAGGUCCUCCGCCCUGCCCCACCCCCCAUCAUCUACUGAUGCCCCUCAAACCCGACCUGCAGCCCUCCCUGCUCUUCCUGUUGUGGGACCUUGGCCUUAAAUGAAACAGGUACCUUCACAAGCCUGACGUCCUGUGGGAUGGCAGGACUCCCUGGCAGCUGAUCCCGUAGGAUGCCUGGCAGGCAAGAGUCAGCAUCACCGCCAGCGAGCCCACAGGGGGUCGGGCUGAUAAUGCUCAACUCCCCCAUGGGAAGGGCUCAGCAUCUGCUGUGUUGAAACCCAGCCCCUUGGGCCUGAGCCGAAAUCCGCCCAAGUCUUUCCAUUGGGACCUGGCUUGGGGGCCGAGGGGGCGAAUUCCAUAUGCUGCUUGGCUUCCUCACCCCGAAAGCGAUGGGUACAACCCCUCCCACCCCCACUCCCCAUGGAUCUGUCCCCUGAGUCUGCCAGAGCUACUCAAUGACCUCUCACUGCUUAGGAUUCCUCUUAGCCCAGCUCUGGGGGAGGGAGCUGGCAUCUGGCCCUAAGCCCAGCAGUGCCAGUCCAGCUGUGGGGGAGGGAGCUGGGGUCUGUCCCUCCUUGUGUGCCAUUAAUCCAAGGGCUGACCAAUCCUUUCCGCCCAUCUGGCCCCACUGGGGCUGUAUGGGGCCCCUGAGAGACUAGUGCUGCUGAUCGCCUGUUAAUUUGUCUCUUUGUUACUGGGUGUGAGAGGGAAAACACCCAGAUUGACUCUCAGCUCCCAAGCUGGUGUUUCAGGUGGGGGGUAGGGCAGGGACAGUUAGUGGCUUGUAACUGGCGUUUGUGGGCCAGGGGUGAAUGGAGGACUCCCAGAACAGCCCCUCUUUGGAAGGCGUUAGCUGCUUGAGCUGAGCCAGUAGCCCCAGACUCUGUGUGGGGCAGGUAAGCUGGACUCCGAUUUCCCCGCUCGUCUGUUUAAUUCAGCCGUACUGAUUUGGAUCUCUUCGCUGUCCAGUACGGCCCAGCUCUGGAGAGGGAAUCGGAGUUAAAAAUAAAACCCUCCCUUGGGUUCCUCUUUAAAGCCACCUCACAGCUGAGAGGCCCAGAUCCUCUUUAAAUAACUCUGCCAGGUACUUUUCAGGCUCAAGAUUGAGAUCGGCCGGCUGCUAAGGGACCUGCAAAUAAAAGUGUUCCAUCCUGAUUGCUCUUUGAACAAAACACGCAA